AUGAUUAAAAUCCAUGGCCCCAAAAAAAGAAAAAAAAACAAGAAAUAAAUACAUUUCCAUAGUCCCUCUCAAGAUACAAUAUACAGAGCAGUUAUAUCCCGCAGUUCAAAGCAAACGUACGGUACACGGUACGACGACGUACAUUCAAUAUACGUAGUUGAAGAAGUAUUUCAAGUGCAUAGCAAAACAGAAAGUGAAAAUAUUUCAAGAUCGUGAAAAUACCGCAUUUCACUCAACCCUCAACAAUAAUACGGUGCAAAGCCCCCCUCAUAAUAAUUGAAAAACAUACUUAGACUUCUUGAGUACUUGCUCCAUACAUCAUCAGUGAACGAAGAAGAAAAAGGUCGUUCGCAUCGUCGUCGUCGCUCGCCGAGACAUUUCAAUUCUAAUUUCAAUAAAAAAUCGAAAAAGAAAUCAAAAUAAUUUUUCGAUUAAGUGACAUCGUCAAUAGCGCCGUUCGUCGUCAUCAUGACCAAAGUUGAAUUGUAUAAGUCGCGAGUAUUCGUCACAAUUAUUCAUUUGCUUGCCUUGGGGCAGUUUGCUUAUGGCUUGUAUUUUGAUAAAUUUCCAACUAAAGCACAAAAUGUGCCUGGAGUUCCGAAAGGAUUCUCCAAUAAAAUGAAAUUCCUCACAUAUUGGGGAUUGAUUAUCCAAGCUGUGUACUUUGUCAUUUGUCUGGGAAAUGACUUCAUUGGAACGAAUGAGGUUGCGCCAAAAAAGAUGCCCGCAAUUAGAAAAAUUAAAGAUUACAUCUUGGCUGCUCUGGCGUUCCCAAUUGCUUUGAAUGUUGGCAUCUCAUUUUGGACUCUGUAUGCUAUUGACCGUGAACUUGUGUUUCCCAAGGUCUUGGAUGCUAUCUUUCCAGGAUGGUUAAAUCACAUAUUACACACAAACAUUGUUGUCUUCAUUGUCCUUGAGAUGUUCACAUCAUUCCGAACUUAUCCAAAACGUAUCAACGGUUUGACCGGCCUUAUUGCCUUCAUGCUUAGCUACCUUAUCUGGGUACAUGUCAUCAAACAUUUCUCCGGUGUUUGGGUAUAUCCCGUGCUUGAAGUGCUCGAACUCCCACAACGAAUUGUCUUCUUUGGCGCUAUUUUAGUGUUUACCGUAUUUCUCUAUCUUUUUGGAGAAACCAUAAAUAAAAUAGUUUGGGCUAAGGAGCUUAAACUUGCUCAACGUAAAGUAAAGUAAACAUUUUAUGAUACAUUUUAAAAACAAAAAUUAUGUAUUUGGAACCAAACGACUUUUUUUUCUAAAAAGCAAGUUAAAUUAAUUAAACAUAAAAAUAAAACAAAUAUCUUAUUGAUAUUUUAUUAUUAUAGUUAUUAAAUUGGAAAAUAAAAUAUUGAAAUUUGUAUCCUAAAAUAAUUCAAACUAAAAAAUAACUUAUAUUGUAAAACAAAAUUAAGUGCAUUAGUCAAUUUUAUUCGCUGUGAGAACAGUUUUUGAAAAAAAUAAAAACACAAACAAAAAAAUAUUAAUUCAAGUGACUAACGAACUAUUUUCGCACCUUUAUCUUAUUAAACUAUUCAAACAAGUAGCGUUUUUUGCCAAAAUUAAAUUAAACAACAAAUCAACAAAAACACAAAAAAAAAUCAUGUAGUUCUACAUUUUAUAGUAAACUUUACUAUAAGAAAAAAGAAAAACAAUUUAAAGAGAUUUUUUUCUUUGCUAAUAAACAAAGAAACAGAAAUAUAGAAACAAAAAAUUAAAAAAGAAAAUGAAAAUAGAAAAACAAAAUGCAAUACCUCAUAUUUGAAAAAAUAAAGAGAUUAUAUUAAAUUCAGUAAACAUACAAAAAAUUAAAACAAAACAAAAAUUAAACAUUUUUUACAACACUUACACACACACGUAAUAAUGUUUGUAAAACCUUGUAGCUUUAAUAUAAAUACAAUUCUUAACUAAAGAGUCUUGGCUCUCUUAAGUAGACAUUAUUUAGUUUAGAUGCGAGAUUAUUGAGAAAUAUUAUAUUUUUUUUUGUGGUUGCUUAUUAUAUUAAAUAAUUUCUUUUUUAUUAUUUGUAUUGUUUAAUGAGAUUAAAAAGAGGAAUAGUUUUCUAUAA